AUGCCUGAGAUAUACGCCGCACACCCCGACUAUGGUUUCUCCCGUGAUUUCAAGGGUUAUGGUGAAAAGGGUCUUCAAGGGUUGAAAUGGCCAGGAGAUGCAAAGAUCGCCGUUUCUUUUGUCAUCAACUAUGAAGAGGGUGGUGAACGAUCUGUCCUUAACGGCGACGGCGUUGAUGAGCCGAACCUGCGUGAGGCUCCAGGCGCAAUGCGCAUCAACGAGCGAAACUACAACGGUGAGAGUGAAUACGAGUACGGCUCACGCGUGGGCUUCUGGCGACUGUUCAAGUUGUUCAACGAUCACAAGAUGAAGUUUACGCUCUACGCCGUGGCCCUGGCGGUCGAACAGCAGCCUGAAGUGGCCGUCAGAUGUGUUGAGGAAGGCCACGAUGUUGCAUCACACGCAUACCGCUGGGUCGAUCAUCAUGACUGGUCCAUCGAAAAGGAGAAAGAAUAUAUCCGCAAGGGUAUCACCAGUCUCAAAAACUUGACGGGCUAUGCACCAAAGGGUUGGUAUUACGGCCGGCCAUCCCCCCAGAGCCGCUCCCUGAUCCCACAGGUCUACGAGGAGAUGGGAGAGGAACUUGUCUGGGUCAGUGACACCUAUGCGGACGAAGUGCCUUACUGGAUCGACCUGCCGAUGGAACGCAACAAGCCGAAUCCCAAGGGCUGUCUCAUGCUCCCCUACAGCUACGACUGUAAUGACUUCAAGUUUCACACCGCCAACUCCGGCUUCCGCGAUUCCACCGCCUUUUUCACUCAUUUGAAAAACGCCUUUGACAUCUUAUACGAGGAUGGACAGGCGGGCCAGCCUAAGACGAUGACUAUCGGCCUGCAUUGCCGCAUCAUUGGUCGUCCCGGUCGCUUCAAGGCCUUGAGAGAUUUUGUCGAGUAUAUCGAGAAGAAAGAAGGUGUCUGGGUCGCCACUCGGACGGAAAUCGCUCAGUCCUUCCGGGAGCAGUUUCCCUACAAGAAAGGCCAACUUGCUUAA